AUGUAUGUUAUCAUAAUGAAUAGUAACUCAUACAGUAGAAGUUGGAAUGGGGUCGGUGACGAUGUACAUCCGUUAUCACGUACUGGACAUUCAGCAGUAGCACAUGGACGGUACAUCUACGUUUUAAAUGGUUAUGGUCCUUCAGAUGAUAAAAUGGUUCUAUUUGAACAAAUGGGUAUAACACGAUAUGAUAUAUUAACAAAUCAUAUAGAAUGUUUACCUAUACAUUGGGAUAUAAAAUCAUUACAAAAUCAUAUGUUCAAUGAAUUCAUUCUAUUAACAUCUGGUAAUAGUGCAGUGCUAUGUCCAGAAUUAUUAGAUAAAAAUAAUAAAAAACAACCGGCUUGUAUUUAUACAUUUGGAGGUUAUUCACUUCUAGGUAAUAUUCAUUUAAAUGCAUUAUGUCGAUAUGAAUUAACUCAUACUAAUCUAUCCAAAUAUAUAACUGACGAUGAUGAUGAUGAUGAGGAGGAGGAGGAGAAGGAUGGUGAUAAAAAAUUAAAGAAAAGGAUAACAUCAACCGGUUUGAGACCACAUUGUUGUCAUGCUUCUGUCAUUAGUGGACAUGGUAUUUUAAGUUGUUUAGCAUGUACACCACAAGAUAUAUCUACACAUCAAUGUAUUCAAUUAACCAUGUUAAAAUCAUUACAAAGACGAUUAAAUGAUUAUCAACCAGUUCAUAUUCAAUUUAAAAAGAAUUGUAUAAAUAGUUUACCAUCACCACGUGAUAAAUUUUGUAUGGAAUAUUGGCAUGGUAAACUUUAUAUAUUUGGUGGUUAUGGUCCACAAUUUAAUCCAACAACAUGGCCAAAUCAAUUUUAUCAUUGGCCAUAUUUAUAUGAUCCAAAUGAUAAACAAAGUUGGAUUAUAUGUGAUCAUAAUGGUGGAUGGAAUAAUCAAUUAUUAAUUUAUGAUAUUUAUAAUAAUCAAUGGAAUUUAAUAACACAAUUAAAUGUGAUUGGUAAAUUUCCAACACCACGUGCAGCACAUUGUUCUAUUAUAUUACCUAAUCAUGGUUGGUUAAUUAUAUUUGGUGGUCGUGGUCCAUAUAAUAAUAAUACAACUAAUUCUUAUCAUAUGGGUAGAUUAAAUGAUAUGUAUUGUUUAAAUUUAUAUUUAAUGGAAUGGACAAAAAUAUUAACUCCAUUAGAUAUACCACAAAUUAAAAAACAACCAUUAUCACCAUUAUCAUCAUCAACUAUUUGGCCAUGUGGUAGAUCUUGGAUGAAUAUGGUUGUAUUAUAUGAAUCAUUAUCUAGACAAAUGGAUUCUUCUUUUCAUUAUUCUCAUACUACUACUACUACUACUACUACUACUACUACUACUACUACUACUACUGCUACUACUACUACUACUAAUAAUAAUAAUAAUAAUAAUAAUAAUAAUAAUAAUAAUAAUCAAUUAAAUAUAGCACAAUUAUUUUUACAUGGCGGUUAUUCAAAUAAUGAACAAUCAUUAAAUGAUUCUUAUUUAAUUAAUAUUAAUUUAUCUAAUAUAAAUAAACAAUUAAAUGCUGAGAUUGUUCAAUCAACUAAAGAAACAAAUAAUAUUAUAAUGAAUCAUAAUGAGAAUUAUUCUAAUGGUUAUUAUAUUCAAUCAUUGAAUUUGAAUAAACCAAUUCAUAUAGAUGGUUAUACAUGUUCAAAUCAACCAUAUGAUCAUCAAAAAUAUAUGUAUUUAAAUAUUAAUUCAUUUGGUGAAAUAUUAUAUAAUGAACAAUUAUAUAUAGAUUUAAUUGAAUACUAUUAUUCAAUUCCUUCUAUUGAGAUUCAUGAGUUAUUUAAUAAUAAACAUUAUACUACUCAUAAACUUGUUAGUAGUAAAAAUAAUAAUGUAAAAAUAUUUUUACAUGAUUUUAAUUAUCAUUUAUAUAUGUAUCAAAAUUCAUCUUUUAUAAUUGAUAAUAAUUAUCAAUCUGAGAAAUGUAUAAAUCCUAAUGAAUCAUUAUAUCGUAUUGCUUUAUUACAUACUAUUUUUAUACAAUAUUUAAAUGAAAAUUAUUGUUUAUAUAAUAUUACUAAUCAAAAGGAUAAAAAUUCAAAGAUGAACUCCACUACUACCACUGAUACAAUCACUAGAAAUAAUCAAUUUAUUGAAGAUUUGAAUAAUAUAUGUGAAAAUUAUCAGUUAAAUUUAGAACCUAUUCAAAAUUCAAUUUUUUCUAUAUUAAUAGGUAUGUUUUUAAAAUUUAUGUUACCUUGGCAAAUAAUUCAAAUGAUAUUACAAGAACAAAAUAGUUGGUUAACAAAUGAAUAUAGUUUAGAGUUAAUACAUAAAUUAAUAUCACAAUUAAAUAUGACUCAAAAAAGGCGUUCUCAAAAUUCUUCAUUAUCACCAUCAUCUAUUCAUCGUUUAUAUUUAUAUGAUUCAUUAAUUCCUAAUAAAUUAUUAUUAUGGAUUACACCAAAUCAUAUACAUAAUCCAGUAAAUUAUUAUCAAAACAAUAUUGAUCAUUUAACACAAUAUAUACAACAAACUAUUAUAUCAACAUUAAUAUGGUAUCAAAAUCGAUCAAAAUUCUUUAUUGAUAUUGUACAUGCACCUUAUAUUUUAAAUACUUUAGAUGAAUUAUUUCCAUCAUCAUCAAUAACAAUGGAAAUAUUAAAUAAACCUAUACAUCGUCAUUGGCAUACUAUAACACUUGGUUUAAAUGGAUUAGUAUAUGUAAUUGGUGGAGCUUCUCAAGAAGCAUUACAAAAACCAUUAGAAUGUUAUCAUUUUAAUCGACCAAUUAGUUUAAUAAAACAAUGUUCUAUUAAUAUAACAAAACUUAUAUUAUUUAAAUUAUUAUAUGAUAUAGAAUGUGAUUUUUUUAAAAGUAAUAGAGACCAUCACUAUAGUAACAAUAUUCAUAAUACUACCAUAAUACUUCCAUAUUCUUGUCAUUUAAUUAAUAAUAAUAAAUCAAAAGUGAAUUUUUUAAAGAAUUUAGAUAAGAAAUUAGAAAAUUUAUUAAAUUCUCAUGUAAAAUAUUUAUUAGAAGAAUGGUUAUUAUAA